CCAGAUGUCAAGAGCAGAUGCAAGACAACAGCAGACGAAAUGAAACUCGGCGUGAGUUGAUUCAAGUCAUUCACGUGUACCAACUUACCGAGCAUUUGCAGUGCGUACACAGAAAUAUUGGGUAAAGUUCUGACGAAGCGGUGGUACAGUUCAUAUUUAAUUAUGAUUUAACGCGCCGCAAGGUGGCACAGUAAUGGAGCAAGUCAAGACUGAAAGCUUAGCAGGAGGAAAUGACACGAACGACGCGCAAGUGAACGCUAGCGAUUGUGACCACGAUUUCGACCCCCAAAAGGACGAAGUGAGUCGAAUGUCUUUUGUAGAACUUCAGGAAUAUCUAGAAGCGAAUGCAAAGCUCAUAUCCAAAAAUCGAAGAAAAAAGCUGAUAAAAAGAUUGGAGUGGCUCAGGCACCGACCAGAGCGAAGGGCGCUGCAGAAAGAAAAACAGAAAAGAAAAAGAGCAGAAGCUAAGGAGUCUCCAAGUGAGCAGCCAGAAUGCAAGAAGCAAAAGAUAACAAAAAUGGAAGACUCCUCUUGCAAGAUAAAAAUUGCUAUCGACUUGUCUCUCGACCAUCAUAUGACAGACAGGGAACGGAUGAAGUGCUUGAAGCAGCUGCAGAGGUGUUACUCACUGAACCGUAGGGCCCCUGACCCUGUUCAGUUGUUCCUAACGGGCAUGGGAGGAUCGUUCAAGUCUCACAAGGUCGCGAUCAAUGGCUUUGACAACUGGGAUGUCCACUUCUCUGAUGCUGACCACGCAGCAUGUUUUGGGAAAGAGAAUGUUGUCUACUUGAGCAGCGAGUCCCCAAACGAACUGUCGGAUCUUGAAGAAGGAAAAGCCUAUGUUAUCGGUGGGCUUGUCGACCACAACCGUUGUAGGGGGCUGUGCCACAAGCUUGCCGAAGAACAGGGAAUCCAGCAUGCCAGAUUGCCAAUUGACAGCAACUUGGUGCUGAAGACCAGAAAAGUGCUCACCAUUGACCAGGUGUUCCUAAUCCUGUUGAAAGUUACGCAAGGCCUUGACUGGAAAGAUGCAUUCCUCGAAACCAUCCCGCAGCGAAAGGGUGCCAUUGCCAUUGAGAACUUCGUUGACUCCUGCGACUCUGUCAGUGCUGACACGGACAGUUCUUGCGAUAAGCAGUCUGCAUGACUGCUUCAGCCAACCAAUAAACGGUCUCUUACGUGU